AUGUCUGUUUCUGCCUCCAAAGCUAAGAGAGAAGCUAAAAGAUUAGAAAGAGAAGCCAAGAAGGCUUCUGAAGGAAAGGCCACUAAGAAGACUAAGAAGCAGGCAGCCAAGGAUGCAGAAGAGAAGGAAGUCGAUGAUGCUGCCACUAAGAUUGCCAAGUUGAAGUUACAAACAGAUGACGAUGGUAUCAGUGACAGAGUUACCACUGGUGUCUUAGAUUCUUUGGAAACUUCUCGAGAUGUUAAGAUGUCAUCUGUUUCCUUAUUAUUCCAUGGUAAGGUCUUGAUUCAAGACUCCGAUUUAGAAUUAAAUUAUGGUAAUAGAUAUGGUUUGUUGGGUGAAAAUGGUUGUGGUAAAUCUACUUUCUUAAAGGCAUUGGCUGCUAGAGAAUACCCUAUCCCCAAAAACAUUGAUAUCUAUCUUUUGAAUGAACCUGCUGACCCAACUGAAUAUUCUGCUUUAGAAUAUGUUGUUAGAGAAGCUGAAGCUGAAUUGAAAGCUUUGGAAGAUUUGGUUGAAGAAACCAUUGUUAACGAAGGUCCAGAACAUCCAACUCUUGAGCCUUUAUACGAAAAGAUUGAUGAAAUGGAUCCUUCUACUUUUGAAGCUAGAGCUGCUGUCAUUUUAACUGGUUUGGGUUUCAACUCUAAGACUAUCUUGAAGAAGACUAAAGAUAUGUCUGGUGGUUGGAGAAUGAGAGUUGCUUUGGCCAAAGCUUUGUUCGUUAAGCCAACCAUGUUGUUGUUGGAUGAUCCUACUGCCCAUUUGGAUUUAGCUGCCUGUGUGUGGUUAGAAGCUUAUUUAAGUAAGUUUGAUAAGAUUUUGAUUUUGGUUUCCCAUUCUCAAGAUUUCUUAAACACUGUUUGUACCAAUAUGAUUGAUAUGAGAAUGAAGAAGUUGUUGAUGUUUGGUGGUAAUUACGACUCUUAUUUGAAGACUAGAACUGAAUUGGAAACCAACCAAAUGAAACAAUACAACAAGCAGCAAGAAGAAAUUAAGGAUAUCAAGAAGUUUAUUGCUUCUGCUGGUACAUAUGCUAACUUGGUUAGACAAGCAAAAUCUAGACAAAAGAUUUUGGAUAAGAUGGAAGCCGAUGGUCUUAUUGAACCAGUUGUCCCCGAUAAGGUUUUCUCCUUUAGAUUCCCUGAAGUUGAAAAGUUACCUCCACCAGUUUUGGCUUUCGAUGAUAUGUCCUUCUCGUACAGUGGUAAUCCUGAAGACAAUUUGUAUGAACAUUUGGAUAUUGGUAUUGAUAUGGAUUCAAGAGUUGCCUUGGUUGGUCCUAAUGGUAUUGGUAAAUCUACUUUAUUGAAAUUAUUCCAAGGUAUUUUGACGCCUCAACAAGGUAGAGUUAUUAGACAUACACAUAUCAAAUUGGGUGUUUACUCGCAACAUUCAGCUGAUCAAUUGGAUUUGACGAUGUCCCCCUUAGAAUUUGUUAGACAAAAAUUCUCCAACAUUUCUGAGGAUUAUCAAUACUGGAGACAGCAAUUGGGUCGUUAUGGUUUAACUGGUGAAGGUCAAACUGCUACUAUGGCUACAUUAUCUGAAGGUCAAAGAUCAAGAGUUGUUUUUGCUCUUUUGGCAUUAGAAGCUCCUAACUUGAUCUUAUUAGAUGAACCUACUAACGGGUUGGACUUAUCUACCAUUGAUUCUUUGGCUGAAGCCAUUAACGAAUUCAAUGGUGGUGUAGUAAUCGUGUCACAUGACUUCAGAUUAUUGGAUAAGGUUGCUAAGGAUAUUUUUGUUAUCGAGAACAAGACAGCUACCAGAUGGGAAGGUGGUAUUUUGGCUUACAAGAAGAAAUUGGCUAGUGAGGUUGUGUUAUAA